CGGUAAUGGUUGGCCAGCCUGGUUCUCGAUAGCGUUUAUCACUAUACAGCAAUGAGAACAGUCUGCUAUUUCUAUCAUUGAACUGUGAUAAAGAGAAAGCUCGUGUUAGCUCCUUGAAGGAACAAUCAUUUAAAGAGUAUAAAGUUAUUUUAUAAUGACAUAGCGAAAUCGGACUGAAUUUAAAUAAAUCACGAGCUUCGGUACGCUUCGCGUCGCAUUUACGCUAGUGCGGUCAUUCAGUGAAAGGAACAAUCAAAUUGUGUCAAAAGUAACGAGAGCUUUCAUUAAGCCGGAAUAAUAAAAUAGUGAUUUGAUCUUGAUGUUCUGCUGCACUGACAAUCAUGACGCGUCUAAGAGGCAGAGCCUCUUUAAUGGUUAUCAUAAUGAUUUGCUUCACUCUGCUGAUUGUUAUUUAUCAUAUUCUCAAUAAUGAGGUCGAGGACGUCUCCUCGAACAAAUUGAAUCCACGAUUGAAAAUAGAAGAAGUUUAUCCAUUAAGUGAUCUCACAGAGAACCCCCGCAGUAUUGCCAAAAAGCAGCAAAUAGAAGUUCAUAUAUUGGGUAAAUUGAAACGCGGUGGAGGAAUGUUGUUCAAUGAGCUGAAUGGUAAAUCGAGCAUAAAUAAUUCUCCCUUAUUCAAGGGUCAUAAAAUUGUGCACCUGGACUUAAAGGGUGCUCCUCCCAAAGUGAGUUAUUAUAAGUACCUGUUAAAAUUGCUCAAAAGAUUAGGUGCCACUGGAAUACUCAUAGAAUACGAAGAUAUGUUUCCUUUCGAAGGAAAGAUCCAAGAUAUCAGUGCAGGCAAUAGCUACACUAGAAAGGAUAUCGAAAGAAUUCAACAGAUUGCAAGUGAGAACAAGCUUAUAGUUAUUCCAUUAAUACAGACCUUUGGUCACAUGGAAUUUGUACUUAAGUUAGAUCAGUACAAAGAUUAUCGUGAAGUGCCACAUUAUCCUCAAGCUUUAUGCCCUACUCAUAAUAAAACACUUCCAUUAAUUUAUGAAAUGAUAGAUCAAAUUGUAGUUGCACAUCCAAAUGCAAAACACUUGCACAUAGGUGCAGAUGAAGUAUAUCAGAUAGGGGAAUGCUCCAGAUGUUUGGAAACAAUGGUCAGAAAACAAUGGGGCAAAAAGCAGCUAUUCUUAGAUCAUGUCUCAAAAGUAGCAAGGUACAUUAAGGACAAGUAUCCGGAGCUUACAAUUCUCAUGUGGGACGAUGAGUUUAGAGACAUUUCCCCUCAAGAAAUAAUUGACAGAGGGUUACAUUUAAUGGUAGAGCCUGUUAUUUGGAAAUACACUACAGAUCCUGCAGCAUCCUUAACAGACCAAUUGUGGGAAAGCUAUGCAUCGGUUUGGAAGGAUGUGUGGGUUGCCACAGCUUUUAAGGGUGCUACUUCGCCGGACAGAUAUUAUACUGACAUUGCUUACCAUAUGGAGAAUCAUCAGCAUUGGUUAGAAAUUAUUUACAAAUACUCAUCUCAGAUCACAUUCAAAGGAGUAAUCUUAACAGGAUGGCAACGGUACGAUCACUUUAGCGUACUCUGUGAAUUGUUACCCUCUUCUGUGCCAUCUUUGGCUAUGAAUUUAGCUAUUCUGCUAGCUCCGGAUCUGAGUGGAUUCCCAACAGAAGUACCUGCACCUGUGUUGCAAGCACUGCAAUGCGAGAGUAUUAUUUCUUUAAGUUUUCCAGAACCUCAAUACGGUUGGACCAAAUGCAGCUACCAAGGAGUGUCGAUUUACGCGACCAUUUUACGACUGCAUUCGUUGACACAAGAAGUUACCAAAAUGGAGCAGGACAACACGUUCAAGGGAUGGUUGAAACCAUACAACAUAAAGUAUUCUUUUUCGAGUCCUAUCCACGUAGAACACGCAGUCGCCGAUCUGGAUAGACAUAAAGUAGAGAUACUGUACAUCGAGAAAGAAAUGAGAACGGCCAUGGCGGAUAUAUACGACAAUUAUACCAUACAGGAGUGGAUAGACACGUAUCUCGCUCCAUUGAAUGAUAAAUUCACUCAACUGUGGGAAGCUAAAGAAAAGGUAUUAGCGAAGAAUGUAUGGCCGAGGAGACCAUUGAAGAAAUCAGAGUUAUAGUAAGAUAAGCGCCAACACUGUGGAAGAAUAAUCAUCAUACAUACAGAUUCUAUUCUAAUCUAUCCACAGCCAUUCCGGAUCACAGUAGUUGUUCACGAUAAUUUUUAAGACACGUUCAUUUUAAAGCAAUAUUGAGAAAUUCGAGGAUGCUCGCGCGAAUAGAUUAACAUAGGACACACUGUAUAAUAAGAGACUGACGACCAUAUUAGAGUAAGUAAGGAAACUCUACUGAGAUACCCUUGAAGUCUCGGUUUUUUAAAAGAAAGGACGAGCAACAAUCGAUGGUGUAAUUAAAGUCUACCGAAAAUUAUAAUUUUGCACCUUGUACCUUUAAUGGAUAGAAUUGUACUCUAUAUCUCAACUCGAACGAGUGUUCCGAAUCUGUCGACUGCACCGUCCGCAAAUUGUCCUCGUCCACCGCGCCGUGGACGAGCGAGUGUCUCUUACUUUUUAACGUUCGAAGAGCAAAAUGUACUUUUAAUUAGCGAUCCAGAAAUGAGGCAUUAGAUCUCGGAAUUUCUAUGCAUCGAUUUUUCAUUCUUGCUUGGCGGAGCUGAGUCUCCGAUGCUGAUUUUACGAAUGACCGCAGUCUCCAUAGCGACGUUCACGGUAUUUCACAACGAUCCGCGUAUACUUGUUUUUACCUGAUUCCUAUCGGACGCAACGGAAACGCCGACUAAUUUAUUUCUUAUUUAUUGGCGUGCACACGCCCUUUUUCAAAUGCUUCCAAUUCGCAAACUCGCAUGUACUUUGUAAAACCAAUUGUUCCGAGCAUACGCACACAACCGCUCUCUUCUCCCCCACGCCCCCGUUCACUCUUGUUAGCUACCAUUGUUCCCUUGUUGAUACUCCGUUUAUGUUUGCCGCGUACGUUUACGUUCUCCGCAAUAUGUAACGUUUGCAUGAUUAGUGCCAUUAAUAGAUAGAUUAUAGGGAGAGCUCUCCUCGCUAGCGAGCGAUUUACGAGAAGGUAUAGAAAAAGUUCGACGAUCUUCCGUUCACCUUUUUGCGAACAACAGUUUUACUCUAUUUAACCGUUGAAUUUUUAUUCGAUUUUACGACAUCCGAGGCCGACCGCCGCGCCGGACAAUUCCGCCUUGAAGAACAAUCGACGGAAACGUCACGCGCGAGCAUUGAAAUCACCGAAAUCGGGGAUCGCGGCGUUGCGCGGUUCCGGUCGCUCGACGCAUCAUAUACGUUUCGUCGUACGUACGAUACAUUUGAUAUUAUUGUAAAAGUAUUUUUAACAUUGUUACGUCGACUCGCUAUUAACAAUUAAUUGCCACGAGUAGCAAGAUUCUAUUAAUAAAUAA